CUGGCAUUCUUAUCAAGAGAUACAGUCAAAUUUAGAUAAGCAAUAUAAAGCUAACUUUAGGGAAGGAUUUGUCAACUUUCAUUCUUUUAUCUUCAUCAUUCACGCUUGACAUGAAGCUUAAGAAUCCUCCAGCAUCUGUGAAAGAGUGCAGAUUCAGUAGUUGAGUAGUCUUCUACGAGAGAUAUCUGCCACAGAGGUUUAGAAUAAUCCAUUGGUACGUUAGUGAUUUCUUCUCAGUAUUUUACACACUCUUCUUCUGUACUUACUUUCUUCGAACAUUUGAUGAGCUGGCCUUCUCCAGCCUGAAUGCCGACAUCUUUCCAGAAAUAUAUUCCGAAUUUUGAAAUGAGGAUGGACCUGAGUUUGGGAAUUCUAAGGACGGCUCUCUGGUAAAAGUGGUUCUUGAAGGUUGGAUAGUCCACUUUCUCCAUUAUGAAGUAUCCUACCAAAUUAUGUGGAGAAUUUGGGUAUUCAUGCAAAAGUCAAAAAUCUGCAAAAUUGAGUCUUGUGUAACCCAUUAUGAUUCAGAUUUGAUCUGCAAUGAGAAUAAAUGCUAUUAAAAACAAAAUCCCAUACAAUACUCCAAAGAAACUAUAGGCUGAAUAAAGUAGGAUCAAGUGGAGGAGUC